UGGGGACACCUGGGUCCCUCAGGGCAGCUGCAGGGAGUUACAUUCACACUGUUACUUAAGUUCACGCUUGAACCUCAUUCUGAGACUCGGUAGACAAACACUGAAAUUGCCUUAUGCUUAGAACCCUGUAUUGUCCAUGAAAGCCUGGAUGACUGGGAAGCAAGAGCAGACCUCCCCCAGAAAUCCUCCAUGCCAUCUGGGGAAGGGUCUAAGGAACAAGUCUUGUGAGGAGCAUCAGAGGGAAUUGUGGUUAAUGUAGCCUAGAGAAAAGGGAAGUCAGGGGAGACCCUAGCACUCUCUACAAUCGCCUCAGAGGAGGUAGUAAGGAAGCUGGGAUUGGCCUGCUCUCCCAGGAAAUGAGUGACAAGAUGAAAUGGUGUCAUGCAGCACUGGGAGACAUUUGAGUUGGAUAUUAGGAAAAAUAUAUUUAGUAAAAUGGUUCUGAAGCAUUGGAACAGUCUGCCCAGGGAAGUAACUGAGUCCCCAACCCUGAAGGACAUGUAGAUGUGGUCUUUAGGGACACAGUUUAGUGGUAGAUUUGGCAGUGCUAGGUUGAAGUUUGGACCUGAUGAUCUUGGAGGUCUUUGCCAAUCCAGAUGAGUCUGUGAUGCUACCGAGCAACAGGCUGUGACAUCACCGGGUGACGAUUGUGACAGCUGUGCCCUCACUGCUCAUAGUGGGGUGCCGGCAGAGCCUGGCUCAGUCUGGCUCGUUCCUGGACCGUGCUGAGCAGCUCUGCGAGGCUUGGAGGUCGAGCAAGUUCUUGGCUGUACUGUGUUGGGUCUUUCCUGGGGCUGCUUGCAGCAUCUCAGUGCCUGAUCCCGCAGUAUCACUUCUGUUUCCCCUGUUGCUCCCACUAGGCCCUGCCUAGUGCAGGCAGCUGGGACCUACUGAGCGCACCCGCAGCAGCGGAGGGCGAGACACCACCGCCGCAGCUGCGUUGAAGGAGAACAACUCGUCAUCCUCGGUUCUCCCAGUGCCUGCAGCGAGAAGAACAUGGCUGCAGAAGAGGCAUGGAUGUGUCCUGUCUGCCGCGAGGUGCGGCAGGACGUGGCACGAGCGAUUCCAUGCAAUCAUAGCUUCUGCCUUGGCUGCAUCCAGCGGUGGGCGAGGCUGAGGGACAGCUGCCCGCUGUGCAGGACAGCCAUGGAGACCAUCCGGGUCUCCGUGCGGGGAGACAACCAGUACGUGGAUUGCGUCGUCUCCCCGCCCGCAGUGCCGGUGCCCGUCGGCUUCGGCACCACCACUGCCACCGGUCCCGACAGCGACGAGGACCUUCUUCCCCCCCUUCCACCACUGUCCCCUGAGCCCAUGGCGGCGGAGCCGGAAAGAGUGGGCGGCCUCCUGCUGGGGGAGUGGGCGGCACUUUUCAGGGUCCGAAGAAACAUCCUCGACCCGGUGCUGCCCUGGCUGGAGCAGGAACUGCGCCGCAACGGGGAGCUGCGCUGGUGGAAGAUCGAUUGGAUCAAGAGCAUGAUCCUGGCAUUCCUCUGCCAGGUGGGGCCGGACAGGGACGUCCUGGUGGACUGCACAGAGCACGCCCUGGGACCCAUCACCGCACCGCUCAUCGACGGCCUCAUCGCAGCCAUCGAGAGCCGGUGCAGCCAGGAGGCCCGGAGGCUGCUGGGCCUCGAAGACCCCGGCGCUGCCCGGGAGCACGAGGACGGCCCCGCGGCCCCGUCCGGUCCCGGCACCGCUCCUGAGGGGACCGUCGCUCCCAGCGCUGUGCCCUCGAGCAGCUCCGCGGGUCCCGACGCAGAGGAGCUCCCCGGCACAUCCAACGGGGCCCUCGGCACAGGUCCCAGCGAGGAGCCGGCUCCCGAGGCAGCCGGUCCCUCUGCCCAGCGCCGCAGCCGCGGCCCCUCCGCUCACGGCCGGGGCAGGAAGCGCUCGGCUGGGGGGCGCCGGCGCCCCACCAAGAGGAGGGCCGGCAGCGCCCAGCGCGAUCCUCCGCCCUGCAAGAGGCGGCGCCCCCGGCCCCUCUAGGGGGGCUCACGCAUUUCCAAUAAAAGAUAAAAACGUA